AAAUUCCUCAGCAAGCUUACCCCAUGGUGCUCUUACAGAGUGUUACGAUGAACUGGGCAACCGGUACCAGCUUCCCGUCUACUGCCUUGCCCCACCCAUCAACAUGAUAGAGGAGAAGGGUGACCUGGAGACUCUGGAUAUUCCUGAUCCCCCACCCAAUUCAGGGCACGAAUGCCAGCUUCGUUUGCGCCUGUCCACAGGCAAAGACCUCAAACUGGUGGUCCGCAGCAUGGACACGGUGUACCACAUGAAGAGGCGGCUGCCCGCCGUGGAGGGGGUGGAGCCGGGCAGCCAGCGCUGGUUCUUCUCAGGCAGGCCGCUGGCAGACAAAAUGAAACUGGAGGAGCUGAAAAUCCCAAAGGACUAUGUGGUACAAGUCAUCGUGAGCCAGCCCUUAGCAAAUCCCACCCCGGUGGAGAACUGAUUUCCGCUUGUUUAUCGAUUCUUCUUUCCUCCGUCUCUGUCAUGGGGUUUGUUUUCACUGCCCUGUCUUCUUUCAGUUUGUCCUGCUAAUGGAUUAGUUCCAAGAAAUGACCAGCAAAAAUUCCAUCUGUGAUGGAGAUCUGCAAAAACAAAACAUAAAAAUGUAAACCGGCCUUUGGGGUUUGCCUGAUCUCAUAUGUAACACAACAGCAAGCAGCACAGGGCAAGGGCAAAGGAAGGAGCGGGAAGGGGAAGGGAGAGGAAGGGAGGUACAAAGAGAGAGGGAGGAGAUUGUCAUUCACUUAAACAAUACAAAUAUGUAAUGAUUCUGAAAACUGUAGAUGAUGUCCUUAUCCAUGGAGCCAGAGCAA